AAACAACUGGCUGUGGAAGAUCUCUGACGCAAACAUGGAGCGGAAUUGUCAACAUGUGUUAUAGAGAGGAGACUAAAUUAAUGGUACCAACAAAUUGUCUAUAGUUCAGUGUGCAAGUGUGGAGUCAAGGCUUGACCUAUUGACAGUCUGUGAAUCCAGGAAGCAAAUGUGCGUCCUGUAGGGAGAACGCUGUAGUGAUAAUAGUGAAUUAGACAACAAUUUCCAAAAUGCCAAAAAUUAAGGCAAGAGGCUUGCACAGUUCAUGGCUACACCAUAGGGAACUUGGUCAUCGUUUCCCACUGGGACACAGUGACCGAUUUUCGAAAGAACUGUACUCGUCUCUUAUGCCUUGUAAUGGCUGGGACCAAAGUGAACAUCUGAGAAAUGCUGUGCACGGUGGUGUUUUCAAUUUGGAGUUUUCACCCGAUAGCUCCCUACUCGUGGCAGCUUGUGAGAAGAAGAGCAUUUUAAUGUUUGAUCCCUUGUGCAGAAAGUUAAUACAUGCAGUGGACAAUGCACAUCGUGACUGCGUGAACUGUGUCAGGUUUUUGGAUUCUAGAGUUUUUGCAACAUGCAGUGAUGACAGCACAGUUGCCCUUUGGGAUGCACGAAAUUUAAAGUCACAGAUCAGAACUCUGCAUGGACAUUCAAAUUGGGUGAAAAAUAUUGAAUUUUCACCACGAGAUGGUCUUCUUGUUACAUCAGGGUUUGAUGGAAGCAUUUACACUUGGGACAUCAACAGCUACACAGAAACUGGUUUUGUAUACACCAGAGUAUUUCAUACAAAUGGGUUAAUGAGAACUCGUCUUAACCCGGAUGCUACAAAGAUGGUAAUUUGUACAACAAGCGGCUACCUUAUGAUUGUUCAUGACCUUGAUCUCACAACAUUGCAACAGGACUUGGCUGGAUUUAAGCCCAACAUGUACCGCCUAAUGCAACUAAGUCAGACUACAAUUCCUGUUGCUGCUACUUACACACACCUAUUUUCAAAGAGUCGCAAGGUGAAUAGGGUUGAAAUUGUCGCAGACUUUCCAAAGGGGGAUGAUGCAGAAGUUGUUUCAUCACUCCAGAUUCAUCCACAGGGAUGGUGUGCACUUUCUCGUAACAUCAGUAAUAAUGAAACAUCUGAGUGGACUUGUGUUCAUGACAUUCAGGAUUUAGAUUAUCCUGACACGGAGAGUGAAGUAGAUUUUCAAGAAGCUGAGGAAGAGGAAUCAUCCUUGUUGAGACCUGGGCACAGUCAAAAUAGUGGAGGCAAUAACGACACAGGGCAGAGUAGUUUCGCGCCAUCAACUCGUGCAGGUGCAGGUGCAGGUGCAGGUGCUAGUGCUUCUAGUGGUUCAUCUCAGACUGCAUCAUCUACAGAAAAUGAGUCAUUCGAAACACGUUUAAGACGUGAUGCAGAUGAUUUGCUUGCACGCGCAUCAGAAUUGAGUGUUAGUCGUGGUUUCUCAGCUGCUAGUGUGGAGCUUCAUGUUUCUUCAGCAGAUGUGUGGGAAGCUCUGGUUGCCAUAAGGGAGGCAAGAAUACGCCGUGAGCGAGAACGUGAAAGGGAACGUAUGGAGCAUGAGUUUUCUUUGGACCAAGAUUCUCUGCCUCGUGGCUUCCAGUUCCGGCUGUCUUCUGCAGCUAGUGCAGCUAGACGAAUAAUAUCUGAGGAAGUUGCAAAUGAUGCAAGCAUGAGUGAUGUGCCUCAUGGCCCUGAAGGAAGAGCAGCAAGGUUUCGAAUAUUAGUCCACAGGACUUUUGAUGACGAACCUGCGCCUGGAUCAUCACCUCGCAGAAAUUCCAAUCAAGCAGAUAAUGGUGAUGCACCUGAUGCACAAGUGUCCUCCUCAUCUAGAAGUAGGCCUGCUGUUUCAGGGAACACUGUAAACAGUCCAGCAGUCCUGAUACGUCCACAUGGAAGCAAUGGCUCUGGUGCAAUACUUAUAGUAAAUCAUCGCGACGUGUCUCGCUCUUCUGGUAAUUCAUCUUCAUCUGAGACGAGGCGUGUAGGACCUACAAGAGUGUAUAGAGUAAAUACAGGGACAAUAAAGCCAGAUCAUCCAGGCAAACUCAAUCGUCAGAUACAUCAGAAUAUGCAGCGACUUACUCAUUACAUAGAGGAACCAAAUGUAGGAAAGGGUUUUAUAAAGGAGCUGUGUUUCUCUUCUGAUGGCAGGCUUAUUUGCUCUCCUUACGGUUAUGGUGUUCGGCUAUUGGCAUUCUCCCCUGACUGUGCUGAAUUAUCCUCUUGUGUUCCUGCUGUUCCCCCUGUGCGUUUGUAUGAGUUAGCCUCACAUGUAUGCCAUACAGAUAUAGUUGUUAGUACAAAGUUUUCACCUCAGCACUGUUUACUUGUGUCAGGUUGUUUGACGGGAAAAAUUGUGUGGCAUCAACCAGUGGUGUGAUUGCACUAGACUUCAAGUGAAACAUGGAGUGUCUGUUGCAGAAAGCAAUUAAAAUGUUUAUAUGUGUAUGGACAUGUUUCGUAAAUGUGGUGAUAUAGUUGAUGUUAUGAUAAGCUUGGCUUGGCACUGUAAUCGUAGAACUGAAAUUUGAUGUUUGAUGUACCACAAUACUUAAAAAGUGUAACUGUAAAAAGAAUCUCAGUGAUAACUUUUUUAUCAUUUGUGUUUUGAGUAAUUUCCAAAAUUAAUGUGGGCUGCUCCAGGAUUUCCUUUUUAUCUUUUAAAAUUCCCAUGCUACAGGAGAUAAGACUUUAUUUAGUUUAUAUAUAUGUAUAUUUUCAGCUGCAUGUAAAAUUCAUUUGUGAAAGAGCAUGGUGUCAGCAUAUUUAAAUUCCAAUUGUGUUCCAAGGCACACACCAUUUUAUACAUUAAUGUAUAUGUAUGAAAGUAGUUACCAUUUAAACCAGAUUUGAGUGCUUAUUACUGUGUCGGGGAAUUAUUCUUGUUUCUAAACAGGUUUUUAUUCUUGAUUAAAAUUAUGAUGUGUGCGUAUGUAAGAAAUUAAUGAGAAUUUUAGCUCUUUCCGAGGUACACUGUUGUUACUGAAGUCAUAUUUUUCCUCUUCUGUAAACCUCAUAUCACACAUUUUAUUCCAAGCAUCUUUAAACAGUAGUAGGCAUAUUUCAUUAAAAAAAUGUUUAUUGUAAUGUGAAUCUCUAAGAGAGGAUCAUCUCAAGUUAAAUCUUUUAUAAUUGACAAACAGUGCAUGAGUAUUACUGUAGACACCAGAGAUUGCUAUCAGCAGUUGAACAGAUCAUAUUAAAUGCACUUGAUCGUGUAGAUAUCAAUGUAACAGUAUGUAAUAUGAAAGGCAUUGCAGAUAAAUAUUGUCAAAAUAAAUUUAGUGUAAUAUA